AUGUGCAUCCUUGUGACCGCUGGUCUCAUUUAUGGUUGCUCAGCUGGGGAGGAGUCCAUAAGUCUCCUGAAGGGAGAAUCUCGCUGUGAUGGCCUCCUGCAUGUGGAGCACCGUGGGCAGCAAGGCCUGGUGUGUGGGGACCGCUGGGGCAUGGAAGAGGCCUCAGUGAUCUGCAGACAGCUCAACUGCACAGGGGUGCUCUAUACAUCUCAACGUGUUUUGAUGCCCCAAGACAUGGUGCCACCCUGGCUUUAUGGUGCCCAGUGCCAGGGUGAGGAGGCCUCUCUUUGGCAGUGCUCUCUGGGUGACUGGGGGCCUGUCGGUCAUUGCAGCUGCCAAUGUGUUGCCUUUGUCACAUGCUCAGGUAGUUUCUGGAGGCAAAUUGUGCUGCACGGAGGAGGCAGCCCCUGUGCUGGAACCCCUGGAGUGCUGAGCCCAGUCAUUGAUACUAUGAGAUGUGACUUGGGAAAGGAGGAGGCAGGCGUUAUUUGCAGAGAGCUGGAGUGUGGUACCGCUUUGCAGUGGUCCAGAAACCUUCCUGUUGGCCAGGAGCAGAGAUUCAUGACCUGUCAGGGAACAGAGUCCAGCAUUUUCCACUGCAAGGUCAACAUGAACUUCAUAGAACAGUGUGACGUACAUAGAAAAAUGCCAGCCUACACUGAGGUGGUGUGCGCAGGACACGUGGAGGCCCGGCUCGUUGGCAGCGAGGACCCCUGUGCUGGGCGCCUGGAGGUACGGUGGGGCCUGACCUGGGGCACAGUCUGCAACGCUGAGCUGGACCUGCCCACGGCCCACGUGGUGUGCCGGGAGCUGCAGUGUGGAAUGGCCGUGUCCACCCUUGGCACUGCCCACUUUGGCCAAGGCUCAGGGCCCGUGUGGACAGAAGCUUUCCGUUGUGCGGGCAACGAGUCACUGCUGUUCCACUGCCCGCGGGAGCCUGGGAGUCAGUGUACGCAUGCGCAGGAUGCGGGGCUCAGGUGCUCGGGAGAAAGGUUCCGGCUGGUCCAUGGCAGCAGCCCCUGUGAGGGCUGUGUGGAGUUCCAGGUGCAGGGGGUGUGGGCACCCCUCUGUGCCACCCACUGGGACUUAGCAGAUGCCACCGUCCUGUGCCAUCAGCUCAACUGUGGGAAUGCAGUGGCCACACCACGAGGGGCCCAUUAUGGGCAUAGGGGUGCUCCUAUCUGGCCAGAUGUAUUUCACUGUGUGGGAACAGAACUCCAUUUGUUGGGCUGCCCAUCCAGCACCCUGGGGGCGAAGCCCUGUGCCCAGGGAAAUUCUGCGUCUGUCUCUUGCUCAGGUCUCCCUGGAGCCCUUAGACUGAGGGAUGGGCAGAGUCGCUGUGAUGGUCGUGUGGAGGUCUCUCUGGAUGGAGUGUGGGGCCGUGUCCUAGAUGAUGCCUGGGACCUGCGUGAUGCCAGUGUCGUGUGCCGGCAGCUGGGAUGUGGAGAGGCCCAGCGAGCCUAUGACACAACUGCUCCUGGCCUUGGAGCUGUCCCGGUGGGGCUGAGCCAGGUGCACUGCAUGGGCUCAGAGUCCCGCCUGACCCAGUGCAAUGUAUCAGUGUCCUUGCUGGUGCCUGCGGGGUCUUCACGGGACGUGGGUGUCGUGUGCACUGGGAGCCUUCGGGUGCGGCUGGCUGGGGGCCCUGGCCGCUGUGCAGGGCGUGUGGAGGUGCUGCAGCAAGGCACCUGGGGCACAGUGUGUGACGAUGCCUGGGACCUGCAGGACGCUCACGUGGUCUGUGAGCAGCUGGGCUGUGGCCGUGCCCUCAGUGCCCCAGGGGCUGCCCACUUCGGUUCAGGAUCUGGGCCCAUCUGGAUGGAUGAGUUGGGCUGCCUGGGCAACGAGUCUGCACUGUGGCAUUGUCCAUCACCAGGUUGGGGCCAACAUGACUGUGGCCACAAAGAGGAUGCUGGGGUCUUCUGCUCAGAAUUCACAGAUCUCAGGUUGCAGAAUUAUGGACAGCCAUGUGCAGGGCGGCUGGAAGUUCUCUACAAUGGGACUUGGGGCGGAGUCUGUCGAACCCUGAGUGCCACCUCUUUGGGCAUCCUGUGUGGGCAGCUGGGCUGUGGGCCCCAAGGGCAGCUGCUGGCCAGGCCAGAGAGUCAGUCUUCCCCUGACAUUUUCUGGCUGGCCUCCAUUCAGUGCAGGCCCAGGCAUGACAGGUUCCUGUGGCAGUGCCCCUCAGCUUCCUGGGACCAGCAUUCCUGCUCCCACCAGGAGGAGGCCUGGAUCCUGUGUGCAGAAAAAAAUGCAGAAAUUCCUGAGGUUCCUCCGCAGCCCCUUAACUGCUCAUCCACUCUCGGCUGCACAGAGGAAGGUUCACUACGCCUGCGAGGAGGUGAUAACUGCUCUGGGCGUGUGGAGCUCUGGCACGCGGGCUCCUGGGGCACUGUGUGUGACGACUCCUGGGACCUUGCAGAUGCAGAGGUUGUGUGCCGCCAAAUUGGCUGUGGUCAGGCCGUGGAUGCCGUGCAUGGGGCUGCCUUUGGUCCCGGGUCAGGGCCUGUGUGGCUGGAUGAGGUGGGGUGUCGUGGAAGCGAAGCUUUCCUUUUGGGCUGUCCUGCAGAGCCACUGGGAUAUGAAGACUGUGACCACAAGGAGGAUGCAGGGGUAUGCUGCUCAGGUGAGCCCGGUUCUCCUGGGAGCUCCCCUCUCUUGGCCUCUGCAUCUGUUACUGGGACAUGGACCCUCCCGGAGAUUGCCUGUGUGGUGCUUGGCUGCCUGCUGGGCCUCAUCUUCCUGUGCGUGGGUGUUCAGUGGAGCUGCCAUUCUCAUGUGCCCUUAACAGGUUUAGGAGUGUCAGAGCACCUGCCUUCAGAGGGUGUCUAUGAGGACAUCGAAACUCUUCCAGUGGCAAAGAAUGAGGAGAGAGCCUCAGUGGCUGGAAACCUAGUGCUGGAGGAGGAUUAUGAUGAUGCUGAAGAACCCAAGGAAGACUUUGGGGGAGGAGACACAUGA